AUGUGUGAGCUGGAUGUUUACCUGAGCUCCACAGCACACCCAGCGAGUCCGCUAACCAGCCGCAGCGAGCUCAGCACACAGGCCAGCGUCAGCUCCGGCGGCAGGCGGAGGUCCGUCCGGAGAGCCGGCAGGUUGCGGCUGGAUGUUCCUCCGGCAGGAAACCCGACAGGCGGCGGCGGCGGCGGGCUGGGGGCUCGGCCGGAGAACCGGACCCAGAGCUCGGCCGGAGAACCGGACCCACAGGUCGGCCGGAGAACCGGACCCACAGGCCGGCCGGAGAACCGGACCCACAGGUGGGACAACUCCAUCAUGGUCAAACAGCAACGACGAACAGACAGCGUGACGCGGGUUCGAUUCCCUGUCGGCCCCGUCCAGACGAGGCCGCCGCCCCCCCUGCAGGUGCCAGUCAGGAAGUGGGCGGGGCCAGGAACAGGAAGUACCGAUGGCCGGCCGUGUUCCAGCACCACCGAGGAAGAGCGAGGCGAGGCGGGGGCGGAGCUAAAGAGAGCGAGACUGGACGAGUCGCUCAGAGCCGAGGAGGCCGGAGCUCUGACCAAUGGAGAGCGGCUCCCGGGGUCAUGUGACCAACCAGAUGGUGCUGCUGUUUUGUCCAGAGUAGCUCCACCUGACCAGCAGGGGACAGCAGAGCGCUGUGCGGAGAGUAGAGCAGCCGAGCUCCAGCCAGUUGGGUCUCUGAAGGUCACCAUCCAGCAGAGCAGUGAGAGCCGGGAGUUCAGACAGACAGACAGAGCUGACAGACAGACAGGUGGACUCUACUGCCACGUCUGUAACAGCAGCUGCUCCAGUCUACAGGUGUUUCAGCAGCAUAUGGCAGGAGCAGAGCACCAGAGGAGACUGAAGGAGAUCACACACUCCAUCUGCCUCAAUACACACACAGCACACGGCAGGGGGCAGCGGCCCGAAGCGCAGCGCUGGUGCGACACCUGCCAAUCACAUUUCAGCGGCGACGUCAUCCUCCACCGUCGGACCAAUCAACACAAGCUGUGUAAGCAGUCGUCCCGGCCCUUCUGCCCGGUGUGUAAGCGACACUUCAGGACUCCCAGGAAGUUUGUGGAGCACAUGAAGUCUCCUGAGCACAAGCAGCAGGUGCAGCUGGAGGCUCAGGAGGAGGAGCUCAUCACUGUGGACGCCGUCGGCUGCUUCGAGGAGGAGGAGGAGGAGGAGGAGGAGGAAGAAGAAGAAGAGGAAGAAGAAGAGAAGGAGGGGGAGGAGGAUGAGCAGGAGGAGGAGGGGGUGGAAGUGGUGGCGGAGGAGGAUGCAGGACAAGAGGACACAGAGGUGACAGAGGCAGAGGAGGAGACGACAGACGGGCAAGAAUACAACCCUCACACAGCGUAUGGAAGCAGCUUUGUGGUUCCUGUGUCCGGCUUCCUGUGUCGACUCUGCCACAAGUUCUUCCACCGCGAAGACACGGCGAGACAAACACACUGCAGGACACACACACACUACCUGAACCUGCAGAACCACAGAAUCCAGAGGAGACACUCACACACUGAUAAACACUGACACACACACACACACACACACACACUCUCUGCUCAGUGAGGAGGUGAAGAUGGAGAGGAAGCCAGAUCUGCUCCCACCAUCUCGCAGACCGUUUCCCACAAUGCAUCUGUGGUUGCCUACAGUGUGAUGAGUCACCUGAGCCUCGUCCUCCGGCUGCUGUGAGACAGUGUUGUGUCCAGCGGGGGCAGCACUGAGCUAAACAGCCUGCAGGUCAGUGUUGUGUCCAGCGGGGGCAGCACUGAGCUAAACAGCCUGCAGGUCAGUGUUGUGUCCAGCGGGGGCAGCA